GUGAGGACUGGUUUGAAAGAAUGGCGUUGAAAGCGACGGAGGAAUGGGUGAGGCGUAGAGUGGUAUUGGAGGAGGAGCGGCUUGUGGAUGUACGAUCUUUGUUCCUGCCAGGAAGUUGCAAAGAAAAGAUCACGCAUCUUGGCAAGUCUCUCAGGAACUUUACACGACUUAAAACACUUGAUCUAUCCCGUAAUUCUUUGAUUUCAUUGGAGGGGAUUCAACACUUGGUUCAUUUGGAAAAGCUCAACCUAUAUUAUAACAACAUAGCAGAUUUGAAAGAGAUAUUCCUGCUUCAUAACCUGACUAAUUUGAAAGAGCUUGACUUGAGACUGAAUCCUGUGUCCAAAAAUGAAUCAGACUAUCGGCUUUUUGUUGUGCACCUGCUACCCAAUCUUAGAAGGUUAGACGAUCGACCAGUUAGAGAUAGUGAGCGCAAAGCAGCGCUGAUGCACUUCAGUACAAAUCAGGCACAUGAAUUCCAUGAAUAUCCUGCUCAGGAAGCAGAAAAUGUAAGGUCCCGGCACCCAAGGGCAGAAUUUGUAGGCUCAUUGGCAAAGAAAUACUCAGAACUUGAUAAAGAUGAUGAAGCAGUUCUGAAUCUCAUUGCAAAGUCAGACUGGGAUAUGAAUGUACCUGCAAGAACCACACGUUCAGUGAAAAAUAAUCCUGAGGCCAAGUUGCAUAACAUGCAAGGUCUUCAUGAGAUUGACAAUGCAAGAAUCCAAGAAUCUGCAGCAAGAAAUACCUCACAAGCAACCAAGUCCCGGCCAGUCAGCAUCCCCAAGGGUGUCAUGAAUUCGCAAAGGAAAAGCUCUGUAGAAUGUCAAGCACUGAAUGAAGGCUACUCACGCAAUGUAGAGGGUCAACACCCUGGAUCAUCAGCAACUUGCACUUCCAAUGGUGUCAUGCCAGCCACUGAGAUGAAUGAAGAGGCACAGAAGGCUGAGAACCAAUCUGCCGGAAUGGUGCAUGGUCACCCCACAGCCGUGCUGAAACUACCUGGCGGACAUCUCAACACCAUCCCGACUACUGCAGCUUCCUGCCAGGUAGAGGAGCCACAUCUCAGGAGGCCACUUGCACCUCAGAGAUCUUGUGGUCCUGACCAUAGGGGCAGUGACGUCAGCAAUAGAUGCGGUGAGAAGGUUCAAUCAGUACCUUUUGAAGCGCAAACAACGAAUGCUCCAACAAUAGAUCGAAUCAUCUUUAAUCCGAAUCUCAUGAAAAGUUUCCUAGAUCUUGUUGACAGAUACUGGAAUGGAUUUAAAUCACUUCAUUGUAAUGAAAAAUUUCUGUAUCAGGCUGGGAAAAUAUUAACGGCAUUACAGAAAGAUAUGUUGAUCAAAAACACAUCAGAAGAAAUAACAAUGUUUCAAGAUGAAUCGAACAAUUUAAAAGCAGAGAUUAAGUCUUUGGAAACAUGUCUUUGUCAGCAAAAGCAAAGAUAUACUGAAGAACUUCAGUCAAUUUCAACGCAGCUAACUCAAGCUCAAAGAGAUAUGGAAGUCGUGAAGAAUCGUUUAACUCAGACCGCCGAUGAGAAAAAUCAACUACAGAAUGUUCUGAUAAAAUUAGAACAAAAAUCACAUAAUGUUUCCAAUUCUACAAGCCAACAAGUUGAAGACCUGCAGAAAGAUAAUGAGCAGCUGUGUUGCGAGAUUGACAGUCUGAAGCACCAGACCCAAUGUUACACCAAAAUUCAGGAUCUGACUGAAAAGCUCCAAGAAAGCCACAGAGCCCUGGUAUGCACAAACGAACACUUACUGAGAGAGUUAAAUGAAAUGCGAGCCCGACACAAGGCAGAAGUGGACCAAUUGCACUGGAGUUACAUUCAGCUGAAAAAAUUUGUAGAGAAGUCAACUCAGAAUACGACCAUGUCUGGUUAUACAUACUCAGGCAGAGACAUGGAAAAUCGGAGGCGCUGAAAGAAACCCGUAACAUUUCUGUGAAGUGGUCCAGUGAAAACAAACUAGAAGGAGCCUGUAUGACAUCACUUUGUUUACCAAAUGUUUUCCCCUUACAUCAAUACAGAUUUUAAUUGCUCACAGCCAGAUAUGUGUUAACAGUGUUUAAAGUACAUGUACCAAAGAUAGAAAUUUAACCAGCUUACUUUAUCAGCAAGAUUAUGGAGCUUUGUACUUUAUCACUCUUUGCUCCAAGUGCACUAUCUCCAAAGGACUAGGUAGAUAGUUCACCAGUCUGUAACACUGACAGCAAAGGAACAUGUAGCUGGGAUUCUAGAUGGGUUAGAAAUUGAUAAAGAGAAGUACUAAAAUAAAAGUGCGUGACACUUUAAAUGGAUAAAUCUCCUAGUCCCAAAAUAGGAUGCCGCGUACAGAUCCAGAGGUAGUGCCUGGAGACUGGAAAAUUGCAAAUGUUAUACACUUAUUCAAACAAAAUGGUGUAGAGAUAAAUACAGUAGUUACAUACCAUUGAGCUCAACUUUAAUGGUCUGGAUAAAUGAUAAUCUAGGAAUAAAUUACUUACACAAAUGUGGAUUAAUUGGAAAAAGUAGGCAUCAAUUUGUGUCUAAAUAUCUGAGCUUUUUCCUUAAAAUACAGGGCUAUCUAUGAAAAUGUGACUGAUACACUAUGUGUCUUCUGGAAGACAAUAAAAAAAGUGCUAUAAAUUAGGUUUGUCUUCAAGAGUGAAGAUCAUGUAUGGAAUCACAGGAGUUUGUCACAGCAUGGAUAGAAAAUGGGCUAGAUAACAGGAAAUAUUGAAAGAUUAUUUGUGUUUCAAGUGGAAGGAAGUGUGCAGUAGAGUUUCCCAGGACUUUGUACCUGGACCUCAUGUAUAUGGUGCUCAGGGUACAAUUUCCAAACUGUGAUCAGCUUCAGGGAGAUGUAGGCUAACUGGUAGAAUUGGUAAAUUUGUGGCAGAUGCAGCUUAAUUCCAAGAAAUUUAAAGCAUUACUUCUUGAAAGAAUAUAAACCUCAGCAAUUCUAAAAGCACUACAAGAUCAGAGACUGUUACAAAUGGCAGGGCAGGUAUGAAAGUGUUUUUUAAGAGAGUAUGCAAUUUUGCACUUAAUAAAUUAGAGGCAAAGGAAAUGAGCAAGUUUUGAUGAAUUUUUUUAUAAAGCACUGUUUUGGUCACAACUGAAGUAUUGUGUUUGUUUCUGGGAACCAUGCUUUCAGAAAGUUGCUGCAAAGAGUGCAGGAGAGAUUUGUUUCAAAAUGAUUCCAGGGAAAGGGACUUUCCUUUCAUAUGCUCUGAGACUUUUACUUUCAUGUUGUACUGGCACCUGAAUAAUUUGAAUUACCAGUACAGCUUUGGCUGUAUUUAGUUUACUCUACAUUAAUACUUUACACCAAGCACUUUUCAUUAGUAAUUUAUAACAAUUGUUUGAAAUUCCUUUGUCAUUU